UGACUUUGUGUGUUUCACUCUGUUUAAUUUGGAAACUCAGUUUUAUUUUUUGUUGCGUGGCAAAUAAACUAAUGUUAUUUAUUUGCUCUGUUGGUUUCAUAGGAGAGAAUAACAUCCUGCACAUAAUGGUGAAGGUAGUGAAGGGCAUUCGUCCGGAUCUCAGCCUCAUUCCCCGCAGUCGUCCCCAGGCCUGCUCAGGGUUCCUGUACCUUAUGCAGAAAUGCUGGGCACAUUCCCCUGAAGCCCGACCCAGUUUUCAAGAGAUCACGUCAGAGGUUGAGGAGCUGUGCACCAAACCUCAUGAUGAGUCCAGAGCUUCCAUUUCUUCAGAACCAGACUGUUCCCCUUGCCCUGCCCCGGCCUCCAGUGAACAGAUACAGACAAACAACCAGAAGCCAGUGAGGCCGAAGUCAGCCAUGUUACCUGAGAAAGAUUACAGCCUGUCUGAGCUGCUGUCUCAGAUUGACUCCGGCUUGUCUCGCAGUUUUAGCAAUGUCAAAGAAGAGUCCCUUGAGAGCAAAGACAACACCAGCAAGAGACUGUCAGGCAUCUCCUCUGUGGACUCAGCUUUCUCAUCCCAAGGCUCGAUUACGUUGUCUUUUGAGAAAGAAAAUGCUGUAAAUGACUCCAGUGAGUUACAGAAGAAGAAACUUUGUGAAGCCAUUCGCACGGAGGACAUCGCCAAGCUGAUGAAGAUCCUCCAGCCUCAAGAUGUUGACUUGCUCUUGGAGGGCGGCAGCAACCUGCUCCACUUCGCAGUGAGCCUGGCCAAUGAGGAGGCAGUAAAGUUUCUGCUGCUUAGCAACUGCAACCCUAAUUUGCCCAAUAUUCACGGAGCCACGCCCCUCCACCUGGCCGCUGAAAAGCGGCUGAAGGGAGUGUCUGAGAUUCUCCUGAGCCGCAAGACGACAAAUGUCAACGCCAAGGAUGAGGACCAGUACACACCUCUGCACUUUGCAGCUCAGAACGGCGACGAGGCCCUGACCCGCUUACUCCUAGACCGCUGUGCUUUCAUUAACGAAAUAGAUGCUCAGGGACGCACGCCGACGCAUAUCGCCUGCCACCACGGACAGGAGAAUGUGGUGAGGGUCUUGCUAAGUCGUGGAGCUGACGUCCAUGUAAAAGGUAAAGACGACUGGACGGCGCUACACCUGGCUGCCUGGAAAGGCCAUUUGGGAAUAGUGAAGCUCCUGGUGAAGCAGGCAGGUGCCGAUGUUGAUGGUCAGACAUCGGACGGGCGCACUCCUCUCCAUCUUGCGUCUCAAAGAGGCCAGUACCGGGUGGCACGGAUCCUGGUGGAGCUCGGCGCUAACGUGCACCUGACCUCUGAUGGCCUCCACAGUCCGCUUCACGUGGCUGCGGAAACCGGCCACACCAGCACUUCAAGGCUGCUUGUGAAACACAGCGCCGAUAUUCACAGCCAAACAGCCAGUGGCUGCACUGCCUUGCACCUGGCCGCACAGAAAGGCCACCUGCCAACAGUUAAAAUGCUUCUGGGAGAGGGUGCUGACCCUGAGAGCGUUAACCAUGGUCUUCGCACGGCAUGUCACCUUGCCGCUGAGAACGGCCACUGCGAGGUCCUCAAAGAGCUUCUGCAGAGCUGCCCCGACGUCGCCAACGCUCAAGACCGGAAUGGAUUCACUCCGCUUCACCUGGCUGUACGCGGUGGCUACAAAGACGCCAUCUGCGUCCUGCUCAAACGUGGUGCCGAUGCAGCACCGCUGUCUCCGCAACCCGCUGGAGAACGUACAUUAGACUACACCUCGGAAUCUGAGCCGGAGAGUCCAAAUCCUCUCACCCCAACAAAACUCCAGAGGAAAGUGGUCGUUCUGAAACUCACCAGCCACAAAAACACUGACAGCACAAUGGUACCUGGUGAUUCGGCACUUUGUUGAGGGUCCUAUUGCGGUUUGAACUCAUGGACUCCAGGAACAAACCUUUGCCAAUAUGCUCAUAGACACUUUCUCCCUCCUUUUUUUCAUUUCUACAUUGUAAAAACUGACAGACGCUGGAAAAGAGGGACUUAAUGUACAUAUUGUAAUUACUCGGUUAUCGAAAUAUUGACAUUUUCUCCAGGGUUUGGGCUCUUGUUGGCUUUCCCCCUUAAUAAUGGAGUUAUUUUGUAAUUGGAAAGGCAUUUAUGUAUAUAUAUAUAUAUAUAUCGCUGUACUGUAGAUAGAGCCUGGAUAUUGUACUACCUUUCACUUUCUGUCAUUUUCAUGCCAUGUUUAUCCCUUGCUGUUGUUGAUGUAUGUCUUUGAUUUCAUCGUUUUCUUCUUCUUCUUACCCGAGUGAUUUAUGCAAUGAAAGCAACCCCAAAAUUGUUUAGACAUUUCUAUUGUAGCAUAUUAGAAUAAGCUUACCCUAUAUCAGCUUAAUGUUGCACUUCAAAGCUAUAAUUUAAACAGAAAUGACAACGCUGUGAUGCCAGUUAUGUAAUUAAAAUGGUUCACUCAAAUAGAGAUGUGCAUUUAUAGAGCCAUUUGGCUCGUUCCAUGGGAACUUGCCCUCAGGAGGAUCACAGGUGUGGGUAGACAGUGUGGGGGGAGGACUGUAUCCCAUGUACCCUCAUGUUCAGACCAUUGGCUCAUUCCUGAGACCACUUUAUCUUUUCAUCGCUCUGUAAAACCAUUGCGCCAAGCCCUAUUUUAUGCCAAGGGGGGCAUAGCUGUCAUUUCCCUUCACUGUCUGGAACAGACAGCCUAAUUGCUAGGUCUUUAAACUGCUGUUGAACUCUGGGUCUUUUAGAUGUGAUUCUGUGAUGUUGUUGUUAGAAUACAUGCAUCUGUAUUUGUAAAUGAAAUCUUCUGUAGCAAACCAGUCAGUAAUCCAAUGCCAACACAUUUUUUUAGGUUUUACCUUGACUUUUGUAAUUAGUUGAUAAAGCUGCCUUUUGUACACAAAAAGACAUGUCUCAUUUAUCCAUAGUGUUUGCACAUAUUUGCACACUUUUAUAUUUGAUGGAAAAUUAAAGUGCAUCACAUGUAUAUGAA